AAGUGCCCGCGCGGCAGGGCGCUCUGCCGCUCCCCCGUCCGCGAGCGUGCCCUAUGCGGGCAGCCCCGCACGGCGCGUGCGGGGCGCUCGAGCGCAGACGCCGCCGGCGGGCCUGCCGCCCAAGAGGCCGUCGCCUUCAGAGCUCCGUCCUCGGCGCCUCUGCCGAGGCGGCGGACCCCCGGCGAGCCGCAGCCGGCGCGUCAGCCAUGCUGGGGAGUUGCACGAGGCUGCAGGCCGGCGUGCAGCCGAACGCUAUCGCGUACACAUAG